GGCUCAGGUUCGGCGGCGGCGGCGGCGGCGCCUGUAGCGCAGAUCCCCCACCCGGGCCCGGCCUUAGGAACUUGCCCGCGGCCCGCGGCCCGCGUCCUCCUCUCGGGCGCCCCGUAGGAGGCCCAUCCCCCACGCCCCGAGCCGCCCCGCCCCUCCUGAGCCCCAGGGGCAAGUGUCAUGGCCGCAGAGUCCGUGAAGGUGGUGGUGCGCUGUCGCCCCAUGAACCAGCGCGAGCGGGAGCUGAACUGUCAGUCCGUGGUGACGGUGGACUCCGCACGGGGUCAGUGCUUCAUCCAGAACCCGGGCGCCACCAAUGAGCCCCCCAAGCAGUUCACUUUCGAUGGCGCCUACUACAUGGAGCACUUCACGGAGCAGAUCUACAACGAGAUCGCCUACCCGCUGGUGGAGGGCGUCACUGAGGGCUACAACGGCACCAUCUUUGCCUACGGCCAGACGGGCAGUGGGAAAUCCUUCACCAUGCAGGGCCUGCCAGACCCGCCCUGCCAGCGGGGCAUCAUCCCCAGGGCCUUUGAGCACGUGUUUGAGAGCGUCCAGUGUGCAGAAGACACCAAGUUUCUGGUCCGGGCCUCGUACCUAGAGAUCUACAAUGAAGAUGUCCGUGACCUGCUGGGGGCUGACACCAAACAGAAGCUGGAGCUGAAGGAGCACCCUGAGAAAGGCGUGUAUGUGAAGGGGCUCUCCAUGCACACGGUGCAUAGCGUGGGUCAGUGCGAGCACAUCAUGGAGACAGGCUGGAAGAACCGAGCGGUGGGCUACACCCUGAUGAACAAGGACUCCUCGCGCUCCCACUCCAUCUUCACCAUCAGCAUCGAGAUCUACGCUGUGGAUGAGCGGGGCAAGGACCACCUGCGAGCAGGCAAGCUGAACCUAGUCGACCUGGCGGGCAGCGAGCGGCAAUCCAAGACGGGAGCCUCUGGGGAGCGGCUCAAGGAGGCCACCAAGAUCAAUCUGUCGCUGUCAGCGCUGGGCAAUGUCAUCUCUGCCCUGGUGGACGGGCGCUGCAGGCACAUCCCUUACCGGGACUCCAAGCUGACGCGGCUGCUGCAGGACUCCCUGGGCGGCAACACCAAGACACUGAUGGUAGCCUGCUUGUCCCCUGCCGACAACAAUUACGACGAGACCCUCAGCACGCUGCGCUACGCCAACCGAGCCAAGAACAUCAAGAACAAGCCUCGCAUCAACGAGGACCCCAAGGACGCCCUCCUUCGCGAGUACCAAGAGGAGAUCAAGAAGCUGCGGACCAUCCUGGCGCAGCAGCUGAGCCCCGGGGGCCUGUCAGCUCUGCUGUCUGGCCAGCUGCCCCUGAGCCCUGCCCAAGUCGAGGAGAAGCUGCUGUCCAGCCCUGUGGUCCAGCAGGACAUGGAAGCUGAGAAGCAGCUGAUCCGGGAGGAGUACGAGGAGCGCCUGGCCCAGCUGAAGGCUGACUACGAGGCAGAGCAGGAGUCCCGCGCCAGGCUGGAGGAGGACAUUACUGCCAUGCGCAACUCGUAUGACGUGCGGCUGUCCACGCUGCAGGAGAACCUACGGAAGGGGACAGAGGCCGUUCUGAAAGCGGAAGUCCUCCACCAUGCCGAGGUCCUGUCCAGGGCCGAGUUGGCCAGCAUGCCUGAGCAUGCACCCACUUUCCAGUUCAAGACGGCCGUGAAACCCGCCAUCUCCUCCAUGCCUGGGGAUGCCCUGCCCGAGGACGUGGUUUCCAGCACCCGGCUUUCUCCCAGAUUGGAGGAGCUGCGCAGGGCUGAACCUUCCAAGUCUGAGAUUUCUCUCCACUCCAGUGAGUCAUCCACGCUGGAAGAAUCCUCCAUGUCUGAGGUCCUCCCUGCACCUGAGGAGCUUUCCAACCUAGAGCUCCCUGGGCCCGGGGUGGGGUCCCAGAGCAAGUACUUCCUGGAUGAGGACCUUGGCCAGGAGGACUCUGGGACCGGGAUGGAGGAUGAGAGCUACGUCCGGGUGGAGGAGCCACCACUGGUGCCCCUGCAGAUGGGACCAAGCCUGCAGGACCCGUUUGCUGAGGUAGAAGCCAAGCUGGCCAGACUCUCCUCCGUGGUGGCCAGGACAGAUGUGCCCCAAGUCCCCAUGCAGCACACCUCCCUGACAGACCUGUUGGAACCUAGUGACCCCAGGUCCGAAGCCGAGGUGGCCGCCGACCUUCCGCCCUGCACUGAGGUUGAUCUGGUCCUGGAAGUGGUGGAGGUGGAGGUGGCAGAGCCGGGGAAACGGAUGGAGGCCGAGGCGGCCGAGCCUCAGCCCCUGCAGGCAACCGCAGGUGGGCGAAGGGAGAGCGUGGGCGUGGAUGUGGCUGUGCUGACGGAGGAGCUGCUGCCCGGUGUGAACCAGCAGCAGGUGCUGGCCCGUUUGCAGCUGUUGGAGCAGCAGGUGGUAGGCGGGGAGCAGGCCAAGAACAAGGACCUGAAGGAGAAGCACCGGCGGCGGAAGCGCUACGCUGAUGAGCGCAAGAAGCAGCUGGUGGCCGCGCUGCAGAACUCGGACGAGGACAUUGGCGAGUGGGUGCUGCUCAACGUGUACGACUCCAUCCAGGAGGAAGUGAGGGCCAAGAGCAAGCUGUUGGAGAAGAUGCAGCGGAAGCUUCGGGCAGCAGAGGUGGAGAUCAAAGACUUGCAGUCCGAGUUCGAGCUGGAGAAGAUUGAUUACCUGGCCACCAUCCGGCGGCAGGAGCGCGACUCCAUGCUCCUCCAGCAGCUCCUGGAGCAGGUGCAGCCCCUGAUCCGCAGGGACUGCAACUACAGCAACCUAGAGAAGAUCAGGCGCGAGUCGAGCUGGGACGAGGACAGCUGCUCCUGGAGGAUCCCCGAGCCCGUUAUUGUAAAAACCAGCCUCCCAGUAGCAGUUCCCACUGGGCCACAGACCAAGCUAGCCCGAAAAACCUCUGCCAUCGACAGCAGAGAGCCAAACAUGCAGGAAGAAGACCGCUACAAGCUGAUGCUCAGUAGGAGUGACAGUGAAAGUAUUGCCAGUAACUACUUCCGGUCCAAGCGGGCCAGCCAGAUCUUCAGCACAGACCCCACGAAGAGCCUCGCAUCACCAGGUCUCAGCUCGCAGCUCAACAGCAACUCUGCCAUCCUACCCACCCCAGCCCCCGAAAUGCCCCAGCCUCGGCCCUUCCGCCUCGAGUCCCUCGACGUCCCCUUCACCAAGGCCAAGCGUAAGAAAAGCAAAAGCAACCUGGGCAGUGAAUUGCUGUGACCGCAGCUGCCCACUGCUGCCUGCCCAUAGGCUUCUAAACUGCCAGGCCCCCCAGCCAGACCUCUGCCCUCCUCUACCCAGAGCGACCCGGGCCCAGGAGGAUCCUCAUCCUUGGAAGAUACAUCCCUUCCUUGUUUCUCAGAGUCUACCUCUGCCCAAGCCUGAGCCCCCCAGAGGCCUGCUCCAGGUGUCCAUGCCACAUCAGUGUUUCUGUCCACUCUGGCCACAGAGCCUGCAACUUGCGCCGCAGUGCGUGAGGAACUCAGCAGCCUCAGGGCCUUUGUCAGCAGCCGGGGUGUUGUGGGCAGCAGCUGCCACACAGACGAAGCUCCACAUCUUGACGACUGAGAUUUGUGCUUCUGUGUAGGUGGCCCUUUCCAGAGGGCAGCCUGGCCCUGCAGGACAGGCGCAGGAGUCCCGGAGCAGCCAGUCUGCUCAGCCCACUCCUGGCUGGGUUGUGGCCCAGA